CGUCAAUUAACAGAAAAAAAAUCAUAUGAUUUAUCCUCACAACUCUCUCAAGUAUCUAUAAUUUUAGAUCAAUAAUUUUCAAAAUCUAUAUAACCACUUGGGUUUCACAAACCAGAGAGAGAGAGGUUUAGCGAAAAAUGGCGAUGGCCAUGGCUCUUCGAAGGCUUUCUUCUUCAAUUGACAAACCCAUUCGUCCUCUUAUCAGAUCCACUUCUUGUUACAUGUCUUCGUUGCCCAGUGAAGCUGUUGAUGAGAAGGAGAGAUCUCGUGUCACUUGGCCAAAACAGCUUAACGCACCUUUAGAGGAGGUUGAUCCUGAGAUUGCUGACAUUAUUGAGCAUGAGAAAGCUAGACAAUGGAAGGGACUUGAGCUUAUUCCAUCUGAGAACUUCACAUCUGUUUCCGUGAUGCAAGCUGUUGGGUCUGUGAUGACUAACAAAUAUAGUGAAGGGUAUCCUGGUGCGAGAUACUAUGGAGGAAAUGAGUACAUAGACAUGGCCGAAACGUUAUGCCAGAAGCGCGCUCUUGAAGCUUUCCGGUUAGAUCCUGAAAAGUGGGGAGUGAAUGUGCAACCUUUGUCUGGAUCUCCUGCCAAUUUCCAUGUCUACACUGCAUUGUUAAAGCCUCAUGAAAGAAUCAUGGCUCUUGAUCUUCCUCAUGGUGGUCAUCUUUCUCAUGGUUAUCAGACUGACACCAAGAAGAUAUCUGCUGUGUCUAUCUUCUUUGAAACAAUGCCCUAUCGAUUGGACGAGAGCACUGGCUACAUCGACUAUGAUCAGAUGGAGAAAAGUGCUACUCUUUUCAGGCCAAAAUUGAUUGUUGCUGGUGCGAGUGCUUAUGCUCGAUUGUAUGAUUAUGCCCGCAUCCGAAAGGUCUGUAACAAGCAAAAAGCUGUAAUGCUAGCAGAUAUGGCACACAUCAGUGGUUUGGUUGCUGCUAAUGUAAUCCCUUCACCGUUCGACUAUGCUGAUGUUGUAACUACCACAACCCACAAGUCACUUCGUGGACCCCGUGGAGCCAUGAUUUUCUUCAGAAAGGGUGUUAAGGAAAUUAACAAACAAGGGAAAGAGGUUUUGUAUGAUUUUGAAGACAAGAUCAAUCAAGCUGUCUUCCCUGGUCUUCAAGGUGGUCCACACAACCACACUAUUACAGGACUAGCUGUUGCUUUGAAACAGGCAACUACUUCAGAGUACAAAGCAUACCAAGAGCAAGUCCUGAGUAACUCUGCAAAGUUUGCUCAGACUCUGAUGGAGAAAGGAUAUGAACUUGUUUCUGGUGGAACUGACAACCAUCUGGUUCUAGUGAAUCUGAAGCCUAAGGGAAUUGAUGGAUCUAGAGUUGAGAAAGUGUUGGAAGCUGUUCACAUUGCAUCCAACAAAAACACUGUUCCUGGAGAUGUUUCUGCCAUGGUUCCUGGUGGAAUCAGAAUGGGUACUCCUGCUCUCACUUCCAGAGGCUUUGUUGAGGAAGACUUUGCCAAAGUAGCUGAAUACUUUGACAAAGCUGUGACGUUGGCUCUCAAAGUCAAAUCUGAAGCACAAGGAACCAAGCUGAAGGAUUUUGUGUCAGCAAUGGAAUCUUCUUCAACCAUUCAAUCCGAGAUUGCGAAACUGCGCCAUGAAGUCGAGGAGUUCGCUAAGCAGUUCCCAACAAUUGGUUUUGAGAAAGAAACCAUGAAACCAAAAAUGGUUGCAUCAUUCUCUUACACUGCCUGCACCAAGCUCUCUCUAUUACAUCCUCCCAUGGUUGCUCAAAUCCGGCCAAGAACAACACAGAAGACGUUCGUAGUGACAAAUCCUGAACAAGACAGUACUCUGGAGGCACAAGAAACAGAGCCAAUCAAAGAAGAGCAAUCAACAGAGAAGAUGAAGAAGCAGCCAACACCAUUGAGACCAGUUGAGAAACAGCUGAACGUGAAGAGCAAAGGUAUGGGCCAGUUUGGUGGUCAGUGGCUAAGCAGUGUCACACGUCACGUUAGGAUCUACGCUGCUUAUAUCGACCCCGAGACUUGUGAGUUUGACCAGUCACAAAUGGAUAAACUCACUUUGAUUCUUGAUCCUACUGAAGAAUUUGUAUGGGAUGAUGAAAGCUGUAACAAGGUCUAUUCUUAUUUCCAAGAACUCGUCGAUCACUACGAGGGAGCACCAUUAACGGAGUACACAUUAAGAUUGAUAGGAUCAGACGUAGAACAUUACAUAAGGAAAAUGUUAUUUGAUGGAGAAAUACAAUACAAUAUGGAUGCAAGAGUUCUUAACUUCAGUAUGGGAAAGCCUCGUGUUCAAUUCAAUACUAGUAACAUUGAAGGUGGUGGAGAUGGUCAGCCUCAAGAAGACGCAUAGUAGUGAAACAACUCUAUUAAUAAUCAUGUAAUGGAGAUAUCUAAAUACAUGCUCUUUUAAUCU